AUGUCGGCCGCUGUGGCGUGCCUGGACUACUUCGCCGCCGAGUGCUUGGUGUCCAUGUCCGCGGGCGCCGUGGUUCACCGCCGCCCGCCGGACCCCGAGGGCGCGGGCGGAGCCGCAGGCUCGGAGGUGGGUGCGGCGCCGCCGGAGUCCGCUCUGCCGGGUCCGGGGCCACUGGGGCCCGCGUCGGUCCCCCCGCUCCCCCAGGUCCCCGCCCCCAGCCCCGGCGCGGGCGGCGCCGCGCCCCACCUGCUGGCUGCAAGCGUCUUGGCUGACUUGCGCGGCGGCUCUGGGGAGGGCUUCGGGGAGAACUCGGGGGAAGCUCCGCGCGCCUCGUCCGGAUCCUCCGACCCGACCCCGUGCUCUGGUCUGUCCCUGUGCUCAGAGCCGGUCCCGGCCUCCAGCGCGGCCGAGGUCUCCGUGUCCACGCACUCCUCUAGCGCGCUUGAGGUCCCACGUGCGCCUAUCGUCCCCGGAGCGCCUGCCGUCGCUGGUGCGGGCUCUGGCGGGGCCCCUGGCGCGGGCCCCGCCUCCGCCACGGGUCCAGUGCCCCGUCGGAGGCCCAUCACACCUGCCGCCAAGCGCCACCGCUGCCCCUACCCUGGCUGCAACAAAGCCUAUUACAAGUCGUCGCAUCUGAAGUCCCACCAGCGCACCCACACGGGUGAGCGCCCUUUCUCCUGCGACUGGCUCGACUGCGACAAGAAGUUUACGCGCUCCGACGAGCUGGCCCGCCACUACAGGACGCACACGGGCGAGAAGCGCUUCUCCUGCCCCCUCUGCCCCAAGCAGUUCUCCCGGAGCGACCACCUGACCAAGCACGCUCGCCGCCACCCAGCCUAUCAUCCCGACAUGAUCGAGUACCGGGGGCGCCGUCGCACUCCCCGCGUCGACUCGCAACCUGCCAGCCUGGUGGACAGCUCCGGCUCCGUCCCCGGCCAGGCGCCCAGCCUCACCACCUGCCUGUCUGAGAGUCAUUGCUGUUAG